AUGCAAUACAAACAAGAAAGUGAAAAAGUUGGUAUGAUAAAUACAUUUUGGAUGCCUGUUUCAAAACCGAUAUCACCAGCUGAAGAUCCUGAAAUACAACGAACUCGAAAAAUUCUUUUAAUUAUACUUGGUGUCUGUCUUACUUUUUCUAUAAUCGGAACAAUAAAUGCUAUAUCUGGAAAUGAAAUUGCUAAUCGUAUGCAAGCAACUCAACGUGGUGCACAAAUUGGUCAAUCUCUUAUAUCAAUUAUUUUCUAUGGAUUUGGAAUAUUCGUUGCCUAUCGAUAUUAUGAAACUGGUUUACGAGUGAAAAUUUCUAUCAAAUUUAUUUUAAUAAAUAAUCAAUCGAAUUAA